AUGGCUCUCUUUUUGAGACUUGGACUUUCUUCAAGAAAUGAUUUUACUUAUAAUGGAUUCAAGGGCGUGAACCUCAGCAUGGAUGGUUUAGCAGGAAUCACACCUGAUGCUCUCCUGAUGCUAGCAAAUGCUACCAGUCAUGCCAUGAGCCAUGUUUUAUUUCCUUCUCCACUGAGGUUCAAAAAAUCUCAGACUGAUAAUGUUCUCUCUUUCUCUACCACAUUUGUCUAUGCCAUUAUCCCUGAGUACCAAAAGCUUGGUAGCGGUGGGUUUACUUUUGUCCUCUCACCUUCAAAAGACUUGACAAAAGCUUCUACAGAUUAUGUACUUGCCAUCGUCAACAUGACGAGCAAUGGAAAUGCAUCUAAUCAUAUCUUGGCUGUUGAAUUUGACACUUGGGAUAGCCCUCAAGCAUAUGACAUUAACAACAACCAUGUUGCCAUUAACAUCAAUAAUAUUAUAUCUAAUUACUCAACUCCUGUCAGUUUUACGUCAGAUGAUGAUGGUAAAUUUCAGAACCUAACCCUUUUGAGUGGCAAGCCAAUGCAAAUAAUCAAGAGUGUAGCAUCUGGUCUCCAGUACUUACAUGAAGGUUGGGAUCAAGUUGUGAUUCAUAGAGUCAUUAAGGUUAGCAAUGUGUUGCUUGACGGUGAUAUGAAAGGGAGGCUAGGUGAUUUUGGACUUGCAAGGUUAUAUGAUCAUGGUGCUCCUCCUCAGACUACCAGUAUGGUAGGAACUCUUGGUUUUCUGGCACCUGAGCUUGCUAGAACUUGCAAGGUCACAAUGAGCAAUGAUGUGUUUACCUUUGGGGCUUUCCUGCUUGAGGUUGCUUGUGGGAGAAGGGUCAUAGAACCAAAUAAACAAGAGUUGGAACAGGUUUUCGUAGAAUGGGUCUUUGCAAAUUGGAAAAUGGGAACAACACAUGAGACAAAGGACCCAAGAUUUGGACAAGAUUAUGUGUUGGAGGAAUUAGAUUUGGUUUUGAAACUUAGAUUGUUUUGUUCACAUCCUUCUCCUUCAGCAAGGCCAAGUAUGAGACAAAUUACACACUUCCUAAACAGAGAUGUGCCUCUCCCCGAGAUGCUUCCUUGUCAAUGUCAUGGUGGUGAUAUUGAUUCAUAUAUGAAACAAAAUGAUGGAAAUGAAGCGUAUUGA